UUUGCCUCUUUCAUUCUCUCGAAAUUGCCAACAAUAACACUAUUGGAAGAUUUUGAUGACAAUGAAAAAACCAUAUAAAAUUGUACAAAAAUGAAUUAGUUGUGCAAAACCGUGGCGCGUGAUCGUCGGUGCGUUUGAAGACGGAGUAUUACCCGUGCGGGCGCGCAUGUUUCACGAAAAAAUGUGAGGUGCUCCGAAGGCGCUCUGGACCACAUUAUUGUGAGAAAACAGUUAUAUUAUCGGUAACAAUUAACGGUUUAAUUGCGCUUGACUAUUUAAAUUAUUGGGGUGGGCCACCGCCCCCUUUCGCCCCAGCCCGGGUGUCCGCCCCUGAUUGUAACCAUAGUGAUUUCAAACCAGCUCCCCAGCCCUGUAUUAAAACUUGAAAAUUCACACAAGGAUUCCUGUGCGGAAUAGAAAACACAUUUAGUGCAAUGCUGAUUUAAUUUUGCAGAAGCAGAAAGGAAACUCGAGAUCAUUGUGAUUUCAUGAUCAUAGCUGGCUCUGAAGAAAUCCUAGUUCAUAAGAAUAUUAUAUCUGUAGGAUCUGAUUAUUUCAAAGCAAUGCUGGCUCAUAAUAAUGCUGAGACAGCGUCUGGUAAAGUGGAAAUGAGAGAAGUUGAUCCAUUAUCCCUGCGACAAUGCAUAGAAUACAUUUACACUGGUGAAUUGUCUACUACUGAUGCAAAUGCUGAAUCUUUGAUGUUUGUGGCUGAAUUACUACAGUUGAAAGAUGUCUGUGAAGGCAUCGUUGAUUCACUUGAAGAAAAUCUCGAAUCAUCUGCAGAAUCAUUUUUUGUAACAAAAAGAAUCGCAAACCUGUACAGUUACAAAGAAUUGGUUGGAAAAUGCGAGAAGUUCAUGCUGGAUAAAUUUGAGGAAAUAGCGGAACUUGAUGAUUUCAAGGAAAUAGAGGAAAAGGGAUUUGUUAGAUUGAUCAAAUCACGAGAAAACAAGGCAUCAGAGAGUGUCAAACUGAAGGCGUUGAUAUCUUGGAUAAAACAUGAGCAAAGAAAUCGCAAAAAACUUCUGAAGAAAUUGAACAACUACAUUGAUUUGCAUAAAGUACCGGUGACUUAUAGAAGAUUCCUUGUUGAAAACGAGCCAAUGGUGAAGUCAUGCCAUGAAUGCUAUCAAACUCUAUGCAUCUCUAUGCUGGACAGCUUAAACGUUUGUGCUUCAGAUGUUCCUUCUGCUGAGAACAUAAAACAAGAAGGAAAAGAAGCAAUUGCUGUGUUCGAUGAAAACUCAAAGAGCCUUCAAUGCUUUAAUCCUCAGAAUAAUACUUGGACAAAAAUGCAGAAUCUACCUGAAUCAGAAUUUCGCUUUUCUGCUGUGGCACUUGGUGACUACAUUUAUGUUCUCAUGAUUGAUCGAUCUGUUCAUCGACUGAAACACUCAGAUCAUGAAGCUACUUGGGAGAGAAUGGAUGAUAUGAUAUAUGACCACGGGUUUUAUCCUCCUGUUGCUGUUUUGUCUGGAAACCUAUACGUAGUUGGUUCUUACUCAAAAUCAGUUGAAAAGUUUGAUCCAUCAAGCAACAAAUGGGAAAAAGUAAAAGACAAAAAUCUUAACAGUCUUUAUUCAACAGCACUGGGUGCUAGAGGUUGUGUAUGCAGCAUUGGUGGCUAUGUAUCAGAUCACUACACCAACAAAGUAGAAAUAUUUGACCCAACAUCAUCAACUUGGUCAUUUGUUGCAUCCAUGAAGAAAGCAAAGGGCUGUGUUGCAGCCGUUGAAAAUGAAGGAAAAAUAUAUGUUCUAGGUGGACAAACAACCGAUCACUUGACAACUGUUGAACGAUAUGAUAUUUCAACGAACGUGUGGUCCACGGUAACUCCCAUGUUAACUAAACGAAGCUGGUUCAGUGCUUUGGUGAUUGAUUCAAAUAUUUUUGCAGUUGGAGGAAUGUAUAGUUCGCCAGAAAGCAUGGAAAAGUUUGAUCUCAAGAAGAAUCAAUGGGAGAUGAUUGACAUGAAGAACAAGAAUCUGAAGAUACUCGGUGCAGUGAAUAUCAAUUUGAAUUGAUUGUAUAUGACAGAGAAUAAUCAGUUAACACUCAAGUUAACAAGGACAUAAUAGUAAUUUAUGUUUGUAAUCUUGCUAUUAUGGAAUUGUAUAAUAUAUAUUUGACAUUCAAUGGGCGCUUGUGUUACCACUGAGUGAAUUUUGUAUACUUCUUUAAUGAGUUCCUGCAUUACUUACUGUAAAUAAUUUAUAUAGUUUCCUUGAAUCUAGUUGUUCAAUGGCGUUGCCCAGCAACUUUAACUCACUGGACAUAGCUAUGUUUACAACUGAUGUAGAGAGAAUUAGUUUUAAAUGAUUUGAUUGUAUUCAACACCCUAUAUAUGAUUGUAUCAUUUUUAUGAGAAAUCCGAUUAUAACUCGGCUGUGUAGCCGGAGAAAUUUCACGCCUAUUUAAAAACUAGUCUUGGUUGUUGGACAUUUUGACUCCUGCUUUCAACGACAAGAAAAUAGAGUUUAUAAAUCUUAAAUUGGUCCCGACUCCUGAUUUCGCUUACCAUUGAAAGUUAGUAUUUGGCAAAUUAGAGUGGGAUUCUAUAUCCUUGUUAUGUGGAAUUUGUCACCAAAUAUCAUAGGUCAUUGGAAGCGAGUGGUAUAUAUAGCCAUUGGCCAGUAAAAAUUAGAUUGAUUUAUUAUUCCUAUUCUGUUUUUUAUGCCAUUGGAUAUUAUCUCGGUAUGAUAUAUUGUCUUGUGCAUUCUUCAAGCGGUUUCUUCUUUAAUUGAAUUUACUUAUCGAAGUCUGUGAAUGAAUUGCAAUUUAUAAAUUAGCAGAUGUCUUUUUCCGCGGAAUAUAAUAUAUUCAUUAUAGUUUUCCUCCAAACAAACCUUUUUCAAUGCUAUCUGCAAAAUACUUAUAUAAUAAAUCGCAUUCAUCUCUGUAUGUUGUGGUUUAAAAUAUUUUCAUCUUUACUGUAUAUUUUAUCGCAUUUAUGCAAUCAAUACAUUACUACCAUGUAUCUAACGUUGAAUUCAAUUCUUCAAUUUUUUCAUCUGAUUUGAAAAUCCACUGCAUGAUUUUCCGCUCUGUCCUUGUAAUCACAUAGUUUGAAUGCAACCAACGUUUGCUGCAUUCCAAAUGUUUUUAAACUUACAUUGUGAAAACUUUAAUAAAUGAGCCAACGAGUAAA